AUGGGAGCAGGACAAACGAAGGAAAUUAUGGGUGGAUAUAGAAUUCUUAGGAUAUCAGAAAAUAGCCCCUGUUUCAAUGUUGGUCUCGAAAUAUUUUUUGAUUACAUAAUUCAAAUAGACGAUUUGAAAUUAUUAGAUUCAUCUAAAAGUACCUAUGACAAUUUUAUUGAAAAGAUAAAAGUUCAUGAGAAUAAAGAAUUAACUUUAGAUGUUUAUAAUUGUAGGUAUGAUAAAAUAAAGAAGGUUAAAGUAAUUCCAAAAAAGUGGGAAGGGAAUGGAUUAUUAGGUAUUCAUAUAAGUUAUGAAUUAUUAAACGCUUUAAAUGAGGGUGUAAGAAUAUUAGAAAUAUUAGAAAAUUCUCCUGCAUAUGAGAGUCAAUUAAUAGAAUACGAAGAUUUUAUUAUUGGAUAUGAUAAAGGUAUUUUUAGAAAUCACGAUGAAUUUAUGAGUUAUAUUAAUAUGAAUAAUAUUAUAAAAGAAAAUUCGGAAGAUAAACAAGUCUUAUUUAAAACUUAUUUAUAUGUUUAUAAUUAUAAACAUGAAAAUAUAAGAAAAGUAUUAAUUCAAUUCAAUCAUUCUUGGGGUGGAAAAGGAUUACUUGGUUGUAAUGUAGCUACAGGAUAUUUACAUAAAAUUCCAUCUUGUAAAAUUAAAGAUAAAGAAGAAAAGGAAAAUAUAAAAUUAAACGAGUCUUUCUCAUCAUCUCAUAUUAAGAAUAAUGAAAGUGAUGCAUGUAGCAAUAAUAAAAAGGAACAUUUGAAUAAUACAAAUGUAAACGAUUUAGAAAUUGUUUUAUUAAGUGAUAGUGAUGAAAAAAAUAUAAAUGAUAUAAAUGAUAUAAAUGAAAUAAAUGAAAUAAAUGAUAUAAAUGAAAUAAAUGAUAUAAAUGAUAUAAAUGAAAUAAAUAAUAUAAAUGAAAUAAAUAAUAUAAAUGAAAUAAAUAAUAUAAAUGAAAUAAAUAAUAUAAAUGAAACAAAUAAUAUAAAUGAAACAAAUAAUAUAAAUGAUAUAAAUAAUAUAAAUGAAAUAAAUAAUAAUCAAUCAAAUGAAAAAGAUUCAUCACAUAUAAUUCCUUUAUGGAAAAAUGAAUCUGAAAAAUCAAGAAGUGAAGAAAAAAAUUAUAUUAAUUCACAAAAUGAGCAACUAAAACAUGAUAAUAAUAUAAAUGAUAUAAAAAAUGAUAGCAAUAGUAAUAGUAAUUGCAGUAAUCGUAGUAGUAAAACACUUGAAGUAGAUAUGGAUAAUAAUCAAGAAACCAUUAAUUAUGAUGAUAAAUUUUCUUAUGAACUAAAAUCAACAUUAGAUGAUCAACCAGAAGAAGAUAUACAUGAAAUAAAAAAAAAAAAGUUCAAAAAUCAACAGACAAUAUUGGAAGAUAUAAAACGAGAAGAAUUAAAUAAUAGUCAUGAAAUUAUAAAUGAAAUAGAUACUUAUAAUUUUAAAAAUAAAGAUAUAAAAGAUGAAAUCCAUAAGACAAAUGUUGAACCAAUCACCACAGAUAAUGAUAAAACUAGUAAACUUGUAGAUAGCUAUUCUGAUUAUGUAAAGAAAAUGACAAUAUAUAGUAAAGAAAUGAAUGAGAUAUAUGAAAGCAUGAACAAAAACACUGAAAUUUUAAAUAGUAUAAAAAUGAAUGCAACAUUUAAUUAUCUAAAUGACAACAACAAUAAUAAUAAUAUAUUAAAUCUAGAUAAUCGUAUUCAUAAUGGUCAAUAUAAAAAUGCAGAUUCCAAAGAAAUACCUAUUCUUAUAAAUCCAUAUGAAAAUACAACAAUUUUAAAUAAUUAUAAAAUGGACAAUAUAACAACAGGAACUCAUAUUAGUAAUAAAAAUGAUGAUAUUUAUUUAAAUGAAAAUGUUCAACAUAUUCAUGAACCAUCAUUUAAUUAUAUUCAAAAUAUAAGAAAGAACAUAUAG